AUGGUUCCUCCCAACUUUAUUCAUUUCAACCAGUCUGGCCCCAAUGAAUUUGUAUUCCGGAUGUUUGCUACUUCCCAUAGGAUCCAGGCCCUCCUCUUCCUCCUCUUUUUCUUCCUCUAUAUGAUGAUCCUCUGUGGAAACACUGCCAUCAUCUGGGUUGUGUGCACCCACACUUCCCUCCGUACCCCCAUGUACUUUUUCCUGUCCAACCUAUCUUUCCUGGAGAUCUGUUACACCACCACUGUGGUACCAUUGAUGCUCUCCAACAUCUUUGGGGCCCAGAAACCCAUCCCAUUGGCUGGCUGCGGGGCCCAGAUGUUCUUUUUUGUCACCCUGGGCAGUACUGAUUGUUUCCUAUUGGCUGUCAUGGCAUAUGAUCGCUAUGUGGCCAUCUGCCAUCCUCUGCACUACACCCUCAUCAUGACCCAGAAGUUGUGUAUCCAGAUGGUGGUCAGCUCCCUGGGCCUGGCUCUCUUUCUCUCCCUUCAGCUGACAGCACUGAUCUUCACCCUGCCCUUCUGUGGUCACCGCCGGGAGAUCAACCACUUCCUUUGUGAUGUGCCUCCUGUCCUGCGCCUGGCCUGUGCUGAUACCCGAGUUCACCAGGCUGUCCUCUAUGUGGUAGGAAUCCUUGUCUUGACUGUCCCAUUCCUGCUUAUUUGCAUUUCUUAUGUCUUCAUUACCACCACCAUUUUGCAUAUCCGAUCAGCUGAGGGCCGCCGCAGAGCCUUCUCCACCUGCUCCUCCCAUCUCACUGUGGUUUUGCUGCAAUACGGCUGCUGUAGCCUGGUCUAUUUGCGUCCCAGGUCCAGCACCUCAGAGGAUGAGGAUCGACAGAUUGCCUUGGUCUAUACCUUCGUUACCCCCUUGCUUAACCCUCUCAUUUACACACUCCGGAACAAGGAUGUCAAAGGUGCUCUCAAAAAAUCCAUGAGGAGCAAAGCAGCCUCUGAAACUCCAUGA